GGGGUGGUACGCGCGUGGCGCGCCGUGCUGGUUUAGAUGCCCCCUGAAUUCUCCUUGCUACCAUCUUCAUCAGCAACCUUGAUCCAUGACAAAACAUAACCAUCUUUAUAAAGCAUGAAGGCUUACAGAUGCAUACUAGCCAUAAAAAAUGACUGCAACAAGUGGAAAAAUCAUUUCUGUGAAAUGAAAGGGGAUGUAGGGAUGUCACAUCAUGAAAAAGAAGGGAACAAGAAGAUGCCUAUA